AUGAUUAUUUAUAACGGUUCCAAGUAUUCUUGCUCCUCAUGCAUUAGAGGGCAUCGUUCCUCAACCUGUAGACACACUAAAAGGAUGUUAGUCAAGGUGAGAACUAGAGGAAGACCUUCGCCUAUUGAUAUACGAGAUGUGAUUAUGGUCGAUAUGGAUUCUCAAAUGAAGAAUAAGUUACUGCAAGAGAGUUAUGAUGCGGCCAAUAAACAUAACAAGGAGGUUUGUCAAGAGGAUAAUGGGACUGAUAAAUCAAAAGGUGGUUGUUCCAAUAACAAGAUGAUGACUGCUCAACCUAUCCUGUUUGUUAGGGCUAAGCAGACAAAGAAAGCCAUGCUUGUGGAUGGGAAAUUAAAUAUUAUUAUCGACGAUAAAUCUACAGAUAAAAAAACAACAGAAAUCAACUCUAAUGGAAACACUGAUAUGAACCAUGAUUCUAAUUCAAGAUCAGGAGAUAAUAAGGAGGAUGAUACGGGAUUAAAUGAUACCGAAAAGGCUAGAAAGAGACUAAAUUCAAUGGUAUAUAUGUCAGAGAGGGAUUAUUUAUCAAAACAUGGUAAUGAGAGACAUGUUAUAGAUGAUUCAUCUAAAAAAGGAAGUACUUCCGGCACUACUACAGCAAAUACUACGGUAGCUGUUCCAUUCAAAAGAGAGGCUAAUGAUACAUUUAUUGAUAAUGAUAGCAAAAGAAAAUGUUGUGAUCCCAAUCAUAUAAGACAAUUGCCAGAUAUCUUGUCAGAUGAAGAGAUACGGCUGCAAGAAUCUUUGUUCGGUAAUGUAUUUAAUGCUGGCAAUCGAUUAAAUGUGACAUCGCCUGUGUCGAGUAUAGGAACCUCAAAUACAUCUAAUAAUACGCCCUCUAUGAAUGGUAGUGAAUUGUUUAAUGAUAUUUUUGAUCCUAAGAACGAUACGGUUGAUGUUUUCACCCAUAAAGGUAUCUAUUUGAGUGCAGAUUGUUCUUGUGCUGAUGAUAAAUGUCAAUGCUUGAAUUGUUUGAUACAUAGAAAUGAGGAUGAACUGACAUCAUAUAUCCAAAGGAGCGGUGUACCGUUAACCAGUUUACAUUCUUCAGAUGACGAUAUAGAUAAUAGAGAGGAGAUACCUACUACAUGUAGUAAUUCAAGUUGUAACUGUACUUUGACAGAUUGUAAUUGUGCAGAUUGUUUCGUUCAUCCAACAGAAAUAAUACCAUUUGAGAAAUUUUAUUUCCAUGGUAUAUUAAAUUGUAAAUUAAGAAGAAAGACAAUAAUAAAAUAUAAUAAUAAAUUGAUACCAUCUGAAUAUUGGUGGAAUUUCCUAGCUGUGAAGGUUCCAACCAUGGCUGACUCAGAAUUAGAAUCCAUCGAUAUGAAGAACUGGUUUGAUAAAUUAUUAACCAGCUAUCAAAAUGAACUAUUAGAUGCACAUACCGACGAUUUUCCAUUUAAUGAUUUAGAAGGAUUUUAUGUGAUUUAA